CGGGCUCAAGCGCGAACGCUCGAGCGUUCGGCUGCGCUCGACAAGCUCAACGAGGGCGGACUGUACCAACGGGAAACCUCGGGGGGCGCGGGACAGAAACACGCUACUCUGUCCCGACUUUUGCCUCGGCAUUUGGUCUGGUUCGACCGCGGGCUGUAACGAGGAGAAAAAAACAACACAGGGGGGGAAAACAGAGGAAGAAGCCACAGCGGAAAAAUAAAGGAGGUGGAGGAAAAAGUGAAAUAACAGGAGAUUGGAGGGACGAUUGGAGGGACACGCUGGGAAGAGAGCUGUAGAAGACACCGUGCAAGUGGAGAACGAGACUUGCCAUAUAUUUUUACAGGUCCCUCGCUUUUGUGAGAAGAUAUUUUGUUUCCCAUCUGCAGACUGAAAGAAAAGAAGCAGAAGAAACGACCGACCUUGGCCCAAACAACAGCCUCGGUCAUAGCUGCAGUGCUUCGAUUCAGUCUGGUCAGAAACUUCUUGGCCUCGAUUCUCUGCCGGUCUUCCCUUCUGAUAACUUUUUAUUCUGGAAGUGACACCAUGACGACAGAAAUGCAGGAGAUCGCCAUCACGGAGGAUAAGCCUUUACUCACGGGUCAGGCUGACACGGCCAAGGAUGCUGAACUGGCAGCUAGGAUACUGCUGGACCAAGGACAGGAGCACAGCGUUGAGACCCCACACGGGGUUCUGCACGUGACCGUCCACGGCACACGAACCACCCGUAGGCCUGCGAUCCUCACCUUCCACGAUGUGGGUCUGGAGAGUAAGAGCUGCUUCUCCACCCUUUUCAAGUUCGAGGAGAUGCAGGAGAUUGUCAAGAACUUCACCCUGAUUCACAUUGAUGCUCCAGGACAAGAGGAAGGGGCUGCUGCCUACCCCACAGGUUACCAGUAUCCCUCCAUGGAGACCAUAGCGGAGAUGAUUCCUGCCGUUCUGCAGUUCUUCAACUUCCGUACCGUAAUCGGAGUGGGUGUGGGAGCUGGAGCAUACAUCCUCUCCAAGUUCACACUCGCGAACCCAGAUUCAGUGGAGGGUCUGGUCCUGAUCAACAUCGACACGAACGCCCGUGGAUGGAUAGACUGGGCCGCUCAGAAGCUCAGCUCUGUGACAUCCUCCCUCACAGAGCAGAUCCUGUCCCACCUUUUCAGUCAGGAGGAGCUGUCGUCAAACACAGAUCUAGUGCAGUUUCACAGAGAGCAUAUCUCCAAAGCCUCUAAUCUGGUCAACAUAGAGCUCUUCUGGAAGACUUACAACAGUCGCAGAGACUUGAACAUUGACCGCAACAGCACCUUCAAGUGUCCAGUAAUGUUGGUGGUGGGUGAUCAGGCUCCAUACGAGGACGCUGCCGUGGAGUGCAACAGCAAGUUGGACCCAACAACAACCUCAUUCCUAAAGAUGGCCGAUGCUGGUGGUCUCCCACAGGUGACCCAGCCUGCCAAACUGACCGAGGCUUUCAAGUAUUUCAUCCAGGGCAUGGGCUACAUGGCUUCAUCUUGCAUGACCCGCCUGUCCCGCUCCCGCACCACCUCCCUCUCCUCCUCCUACUCCAUGGAUGGGUCCCGCUCUCGCUCCCGCACCCUGUCCCAAGGCUCGCAGGGCGGCCAGAUGCCACCCAGCCCCUCCCAAACGAUGGAGGUGUCUUGCUGAAGAGGAAGAGUUAAGAGAGAGAGAGACAAGAGAAAGUGAGAGAGAGAGAGAGAGAGUGUGUGAAUAAGAGUGAGAAAGAGAGGAGGGCGAAGGCGAAAGGAAGGGAAAGAUGAGGCGUGAAAAUAAUGCAGGAACAAGAAGAAGGGGUUACUUAUUUGUCACUAAACAACUCCCAUCAUUCCCCACAAGAGCAGAAUAGGAAUAGAGACAGGGAGAGGGAGGGAGAAAGAGAUGUAGAGGGAUUUCCGAGGGACAGAGAAACCUACCUUCCACAUUUUGCACCACAUACAGGUCUCCUCACAUUCCCCUUCCAGCUGAGAACAAAGUGGAUUGAGUCGUUCUACAAUGAGCAUGAGAAGUAGAGGCAAGAAGAGAUUAAUAAAAAAAAACGGGGCAGGUUUGGAAAGAAUGGCAAGCGGUCCUCGCUCCUUCCCUCUAUUGGAGCCUCUGUCAGCCAAUAGAGCCCUUUAAUUUAGAUAAGGAGUGCGGCCUAUAGAGACUGCACACCUUUGCAUUAACCAAUAGUAAUAAUUCUGAAAAUGGUAUUGUUGUUGAUGCUGAUGAUUAUGUUGUUGAUGACGAUAUUGAAGCUAAUGGUGAUGAUAAUGUAAUAGAAAAAACAGUUAACACUUUUCUCUUUAUUACGCAAUGAGUUUAAAAAUGACAUAGAUUUAAAAAAAAAAAAAACAUACUAUAGCAGAGAUACUUAUAACAAUGUGUGUCUACUACUUUUUAAGCUAGUUUUUAUUGUGUUAUUUUUAAUUUUCUUUAAUCGGAUUUUUAUUUUCUUAUUUGUAACCUGCCUCAGCAAGGGGCCGAAGCUACCGAUUGGUUGACCCCUCACGCGGUAGUAGCCAAUGAGAGCCCUUGUAGUGACUACUUCCUCCUUGACGUUGCCAGGUUAUUUAUGUCUUCCAUUUGCCCUGUCUGUAAGUGACUUGUUUUUGUUUUCCCAUUGGAUUUGAGGAGGUGACCAGGAAGAUAUUACCGUUUUGUUUUUUUUCUGGACUGUUUGGAAGUUGCAUGCCUGGUAUCAGCCCAUGUGAAUACUGGCUGGAUAAUCUUUUUCUUUUAUAUUCUGCUAAUUAAUUGCAUGGAUUUGAGUGUGUGCGUGUGUGUGUGUGUGUGUGUGUGUGUGUGUGUGUGCGCGUGCUUGGAGUGCUUAGCGGACGUGAUGAUCAGCAGGUAGGCCUAGGUGAGACUGAGGGUGUUUGUGCGCCUUAGCUAGCUAGCACCCUAUUGUUAUCACUAGUCGCACACUAAAUAGCGCUUCCAACUUUGCUGGCAGGCUUGCGCUGCAUGUCCUAAUAUCCGCACUCGUGCACUACGUACCGGGGAGCGUUGCAUCACCGAGUAGCACGCUGGUAUGGAUAUUGCAUUUCGGUGUCAGGCUCGGCCAAAAAGGGAUCACUGUGUUCAUCAUCUGGGUUGUAAUCUCUUAGCCUUGCCCGGGCGUGGAUACCUCCUCACAAACCCAGCUAAGCGUACGCAGGAGUUUUUUUUACGUGCGGCGUGAGGUAAAAUGAACACGCGCUCCCCUCCGGCAACGAGCCGCUGUAUUCAAGCAGUGGGGUCACGAGAAUUGUGUCUGCAGGCGAUUGUUGCUGCGUGUGUGUGUGUGUGCGUGCGUGUGUGUGUGUGUGUGUGUUCAGGAAAGUAAAUGUGAGGCGUGUGUUGCAGUGCUUGUGUCCUGUGAGCACAAUUAACGCAGCAAAGAGGGAAAAAGGCCAGGGUCCCGUGGAAGUUUAGUAAGCAGCUUUGAGACCAACAAAACCCCCCUGUGACUUGUCAACGACAAUGAACCAGCCCAUUCACUGCCAACACUCUCGGAAAGAUCUAGAAAUGUUGCCACCCAGGUUGCACCUCUUGGUACAGCCAAACAAAAGAUUUUGCCAUUUCUGUUUUCCAAAAUGGUCAAAAAUGAUCAGCCGAUAGCUGCACCUUGGGGGGGGGGGACAAAACGAUCUGGAAUUGUAGUUAAUAAGCAAUCUUACUGCCAAAACUAAGAGCCCCAAAAUGCUGAGGAUAUUUUCUGUCAAAACUCUGCUGGGAGCUAAAUUUGCGCCUUAUACCAUCAGUUGUUGCGGUGUCUCUAUAACUAAACCCCGAUUCCUCUCUGCACUGUUCGUAUUCCAGCAUCAGAUCAGCACAAAGCUUACCACUGCCCCGUGAUGCGUAGCCAUUGGACUGACCGUACUUUCAAUGGACCUGUAUAGUAAACGCAAUCCAAUGUCCUCGGAGCGCAUGUGCAUUUUCAAGCAUGUCACCCCUGCACACAGAUUUUGUGCUCCGAUGCAGCUUUGCACCCUUUUUUUUUUCUCUUUUUUUUAAACAAGCUGUAACAUCUUUAUGCGUCAGUUCGAGGUUGUCUGUUUCUGUCACAUGCUGUCUACUGCUCCUUUUCCAAACCUGUGGGAUGAAGUAGAGAUGGAUCGAUGAUUUUGAUGACAGUGACGGGAAAGUCAUCGUGGGGGGGGGCUCAGAUUUCGAGCUUCGAAUAGACUGGUACUUGGGAGGUAUUAAUGAUGGUAGUGAUGAUGAAGGCAAUAAUCUGUUUUAAGUCAUUUAGCCCCUCUGGCUCAUCCCGUAGCACAACGCACACACCCGGCGCUUGAAACAGUAACAGCCGUCGCGUUUCACGAGGCGAAUGCAAACCAAAAUUUUUGUGAUGAGGGCGUCGGCGCGAAAUGUGGCGUCAAAGCCGAGUUGCUGCCUUGUUUCAGGCGCCUAGGUCGCUUUCCAGAGGGCUUAAGUGUAGAAUGUAAAUGUUAUGCUCCUCCCAGACUAAAAUUACAAAUCCAACGAUCAGGCACGGGAACCUCUACCAAAUAAGGGAUAACGGGUGGAGCCUGGGAAAUAAAAUUGCCAAAUAAAAAAAAAAAAAGGAGCCGUACUUCUCUGUGGAGAGUUGAGCAGGGCUGUGUGAUUGUAAAUGCUCGUCCAUUUUGUUCUUUGUUCGUCUCUUCAUUUUGACUUCAAUCAUAUUUUUCUUUCCACUCUAUGUUUUGGAGUUUUAUUUUAUUGGACUUUAUUUUUUAUCUCUGUGAAGUGUUAGUUUACCGUCCCGAUGUGCUCACAAGUUAGUUAACUGUGUGAUAGUUCUUGUGUAACUUUUUUAGCAUUAGCACUGACAAGGGAGAACAAUGUAAUUAACGAUAAAUAAAAAAAAAAAAAAAAGAU